AUGAAUCAGCCGCGUCGCAAGUCGGCGUUCCGCAUCGAGCCGUUUCGGCACAAGGUGGAGAUGGACCCGCGAUACGCGGAGAAGACGUGGGGCAUUCUCGAGGACGCCAUCCACCAGAUCUACAACCACAACGCCUCGGGGCUCAGCUUCGAGGAGCUCUACCGGUACGCCUUUUAUCCUUCUAGAGGUGCCUCGUCCCUCCCUCCGUUGCUCCCUUCCUCGACGUGCGGCAUUCCCAACUCGAGAAUCUCGAGACCGCAUCCACCGCAUCUACAACCACAACGCCUCGGGGCUCAGCUUCGAAGAGCUCUACCGGACGCCAUCCCCCGCAUCUACAACCACAACGCCUCGGGGCUCAGCUUCGAAGAGCUCUACCGCAACGCAUACAACAUGGUGCUGCAUAAGUACGGCGGCCGCCUGUACGCGGGGCUGGUGGUGGCCCAACGCGCACAACAUGGUGCUGCACUGCACAAGUACGGUGACCGCCUGUACGCGGGGCUGGUCUGGUUGCUGCACUCACGGCUGUCUUUCCCUCCCUCUCUGUGUUUACCCAUCUAUGUUUCCCCCGCCAACCAGCAACGCGCACAACAUGGUGCUGCACUGCACAACAACGCGUACAACAUGGUACUCCAUAAGUACGGUGACCGCCUGUACGCGGGGCUGGUGAGCACCAUGACGGCGCACCUCAAGGGCGUGGCGGCGGCUAUAGAGGCCGCCCAUGGUCCUCUGUUCCUCAACGAGCUGGAUGCGAGGGCUGGUGAGCGCCAUGACAUGACAGCGCACCUCAAGGGCGUGGCGCCUGCUAUAGAGGCCGCCCAUGGGCCGCUGUUCCUCAACGAGCUGGAUGCCAGGUGGGCCCUCCUGUACGCGGGGCUGGUGAGCACCAUGACGGCGCACCUCAAGGGCGUGGCUGCUGCCAUAGAGGCGGCGCACGGCCCGCUUUUUCUCAACGAGCUGGACGCCAGGUGGGUGCGGAGUGAGCUUGAGACGCCAGGGCUGGUGAGCACCACGACGGCGCAUCUUAAGGGCGUGGCUGCUGCUAUUGAGGCGGCGCAUGGGCCGCUGUUCCUCAACGAGCUGGAUGCCAGGGCUGGUGAGCACCAUGACAUGACGGCGCACCGCAAGGGCGUGGCGGCUGCUAUUGAGGCCGCCCAUGGGCCUCUCUUCCUCAACGAGCUGGACGCCAGGUGGCACGACUACAGCAAGUCCCUCCAGAUGGUCCGAGACAUCCUAAUGUACAUGGACCGAACCACAUGCCACUCCUGCUAUGUUCUCCCCUGUUGCCUCCCUUCUCCUGUCCCUCUUCCCUCCCUCCUCCGCUUGCAGGUGGCAUGA